GUGGGAAGCAAGAUGGCGAGCGACACGGUGCAAUGUCCGGUUUGUUCUAAUGACUUUACCUCCGAUGAGAUUAAUGGUCAUCUCGACGUUUGUCUACUGAAAAGCCACACCGAGAACAGUCGUUUGUGUCAGGACUCUAAUGAUGGACCAUCAAAAAAGAAGUUUUGUUCCGAAGUAGCGCCAAAGCGAUCUAGUGGAGACCCGGAGACCCCUUCCUCCUCGGGUGUUUUCUCCAUGUUUCACCAAAAUAAAAGUAAAAGUUCAGCUCAAAUUGAUAUAAAUUCUCCUAACACAAAACCUUUUGGCGGCGCUGUUAACAAGGGAAUUAAACGUACUUUUGCGGUCGGUUCUGAAGCAGAACCCGAAUGUUCGGGAGCACGAAUUAAGAGUGAGGGAGUGACCCUGAACGCAACACGUACCCUGUGUUUACGGACCCUGUUAUCAUCAAACAAACCACUUGCGGAGGUCUUGAGGCCCAACACGCUGGAGGAAUAUUUUGGUCAAAGUAAAGUUGUCGGCGAACAAACCCUCCUCCGAUCCCUGUUGGACUGCCAAGAAAUACCUUCUUUCAUCCUGUGGGGACCACCAGGAUGUGGCAAGACCACUCUGGCUCACAUCAUUGCCAGCAACAGUAAGAAAAAGGGCACGUCUCGUUUUGUGACGCUCUCCGCCACCAGCGCCUCUGUUGCCGAUGUGCGAGAAGUCAUCAAACAAGCACAGAACGAGUUGCGGCUAUGCAAGCGCAGAACUAUACUAUUCAUUGACGAAAUCCACCGCUUCAACAAAUCCCAACAGGACACGUUCCUUCCUCACGUCGAAUGCGGAACAGUGACUCUGAUAGGUGCCACCACCGAAAAUCCGUCCUUCCAGGUGAACUCAGCUCUGCUCAGCCGCUGCAGGGUGCUGGUCCUUGAGAAGCUCUCGGUCGAGGCAAUGGGCUCGAUCCUGGACCGAGCGGUGACGGCACUCGGGAUCACUGUGCUGGAAGGGGAUCAAUCCGACCUCGAAUGGCCAGACCACCGAGCGGAUGGAAAUGAAUUGAAAGUUUAUAUCGAGCAAAAAGCUCUGGACACAAUCGCCCACCUGUGUGACGGUGACGCUCGGACGGGGCUCAACAGUCUGCAACUGGCCGUUCAAGCUCAGGUCAGGUUGACCCAGGAUUCCACCCAGGAAAUUCUUGUGAAGGAAGAACACAUCAAGGAGGGUCUCCAGAAAUCUCAUAUUCUUUACGACAAAGCAGGCGAAGAGCAUUUCAACUGCAUCUCAGCAUUGCACAAGUCCAUGAGAGGCUCCGACCAGAACGCCGCCCUCUACUGGCUGGGCCGCAUGCUCGAAGGUGGGGAGGAUCCGCUCUAUGUGGCUCGCCGGCUGGUCCGCUUUGCUAGCGAAGAUGUGGGUAUCGCAGAUCCCCUCGCUCUUCCUCAGGCUGUGUCCGCUUUCCAAGCCUGUCACUUCAUUGGGAUGCCUGAAUGUGAGGUGAUCCUGGCUCAGUGUGUGGUGUAUCUUUCCCGGGCAGCCAAAUCCGUGGACGUGUACAAGGCCUACAACAACGUGAAGGCAUGUCUGAGGAACCACAAAGGUCCCCUUCCUUCCGUUCCACUCCACCUACGCAAUGCACCCACACGUCUUAUGAAGCAGUUGGGCUACGCCAAGGGCUACAAAUACAAUCCUGCCUUCUGCACACCAGUGGAGCAAGAGUAUCUACCUGAAGAGCUGCGAGGCAUUGACUUUUUCACCUGGACGCCAUCAGAAGCAUGAUCACCCCUUGUCACUCAUCCGCUAAUGUGUACACAUCUAAAGGUAAAUUACAAUAAGACUGAACAUGACAUCCAUAAGCAUAUACCUUUUCCUUAUAUUUCAGUUUAACUACUCUAUUGCACUACUGGAACGAUAUUAACAAUUUUUGUCCUUCUGUGCAAACAAGUUAUGUGUAAAGUGUAAAGACUUAAAAUAUUAAACAUUAUUGAAUGAUUUAAAUAUUUUCAUUGUACAUUUUUCUGCAUCAUUGAACAGGACGUCUUUUUUUGGGAGAGGCAGACAUUUUAGGCUAAGGCUUUCAAGAUGCCCAUUUCGAUGAGCCGCCAAAUUGGAUACUGUUGGGAGAACUUGUUCAUCGUUGCUCUCAGCUUUGCGAUUGUAGUUUGCUUUGUUCAACAAAAACAAUGCCCCGUACUGGAAGCUCUUUCUAAUAUAUUACACCACACACAGAUUUGUGAGGAGGAAACUAAAAUUCAACAUACCCUUUUCAGGUAAACUUAGGUCAUUGGUUGUCAUUGAGGACAAUAGACAUUCAAUCAAUUUCAAAUUGAGGGGAAGGUGGAAACAAUGGCGUAGGUUUGCAUAGGGACGGUAGGGACAUUACACUACCAACUUUUCAGGAUGCUGAAAUUGUCCCCACCAACUUCUAAGCGACAUUAUUUGCAUUAUAUAAUGGCUUCAGUAUAUAGGUCAUUUAGAUUGUCCUCCCAUAAGUUGAAAGGAUAGAAUUGACCCGACCUAAGACCUUAAGAGAAUUACAGUACUUUCAUUAAGAUCAGACUUACAUCGACCCGUUUUCACUUGCUGAAUGUGCCAUUCCAUUUUUCUCCCUCAAACCCACAUUUGAUUGGCUGAUGACUUGCCCCCCCCCCCACACCCCUCCAACUCACCUAUUCAAAGCCCGACAGAAAUACAACAUGCCGCCUCCUCCGCCCCCUUCGAAGACAAGGGAUAUUAGAAGUUUUUUUCCGCCAGCAACAGCCACUGUAAGUAAUGUAAAAAGACAUCAAUGUUGUGGAGGUGAGGAACACACCACAAAUUUUGCUACUGAAAGUCAGACCUGCAUCAGAGUUAGUAUAGCAUUAGUCUGUGUGAAUUUCUCAAACUCGAGGAUAAAGUUGCGUUGAAAUAUCCUGUAUGUUUUCUUCUGUUAACAUUAAUUAAACAGUAAGAAAUGUAGUGAACUAAGGAUUAUCUCCUUGUAGAUAGUUAAUUGCUGCUUUAAAAGUUUGUAUUUUUUAAUAUAAUUUGUGUUCAAAUAUUGCAAUUUAAAUUGGCUAAUAAAAUCCAGACAUUUAUUCUGGAAGUUUUCAAAAUGUUUCUUUGGUAGUUUUUGAAAACGAAGGUUUGAAUCGAACGGUGUAUCACCUGAACCAAUACACAUGAAAGUUACUACAAGUCAAAACAGAUUUAUUUUGCAUUGAUCAUUUAGCCUGUCAAUUAAUUAGGUUCAUAUUAGUGAGAAAUGUAUAUGUGUUGUCUGUUUGGUCUUAUAAAUGUCCCGUCCCCAGCAAAAAGUGUACAUGCAGGCUGUGCUGUUAUGUCGUCCCUACACAUGUUGAGAUCAAACCUAUGCCCUUGGGUGGAAAUGAGCUAAUUUGACCUUAUCCAAACUUUUUAAUGGAUGUGUCUAAUUCAAUUUUCAAUGUAGAAGUGCUUUCUGAACAACUUCAUGUUCUGGAACAAGUUGCUGCACAGCAGCAGUCCGAGUGCAUAACUGAUGAAGUAUAAAAGACAGUGAUGCUCUAAAAUGUGAUUUUUUUUUUUUUUUGGACACAAAAAGCAUUCAGUUUUGGCCCAUUGUCUGCAAAGACAUCAAAUGGAAAUGUCAAGUGACAUUUAUGGAUAAACAGAACUUUUUAGUAGCUUAAAAUCAUUUCGGAGUCUGACUUGUUCGACCGAAUAGAUGAAGGAGGCCGUGCGGGUAAAGACGGUGUGUCUACUGUCUACGAGGACUUAAGAGUGUUACAGCUGUCACUUCUUGGAUUUACCAUUUGCCAUCUCUGCUUUCAUUCUGAAAUCACAGUGAGGAGAUCAUGUACUCUGAUUUGGAAUCCUGGGCCUCAGAAUUGCAAAACAGACGUUUUCAUUACUUUGCCUGCUACUUACUAAUGUCCACCAGGUGGUGCUAACAUAUUUUCUGUCUUCAAGGGAUGAAACUGGCAAAGUUUGCCUCAAAUUAUGAAUACGAAUAAAAUAUAUAUUAUACAAAUAUACAUCAUUGAUAUUAAAAUGGUCAGCAUAAUGCAAUGGCUGACUCAGUGAUAAAUAUGAAAAUAUUUUUUAAUACAAACCUACAUAAUAAUGCUCAGGAUAAUGUAAAUCGUAAAUGGACUUACACUUGUAUAGCGCCUUUCCACCAUCAAGGCACUCAAAGCGCUUUGACACUAUGCGCUCGUUUACCUACUGAUGAUGCAGCAUCAGGAGUAAUGUGGGAUUCAUUGUCUUUCUCAAGGAUACUUAGACAAGGUCACCACCUCUGAGUUGGGGAACCACUACUCUACCACUGAGUUACACCACCAAUGUUAUAUAUAAGCUGUAUAUGUAUAUGUCAUUGAAUAUGCGUUGUAAUCCAUGUACUUGAGACAUGACCAGACCACUAAACAAUAGUUAUAUGUGUGUGCUAUGCAUGACUGGACCUCCUCUGAUUUGGUGGCCGCCCCCUGCUGGCGUAACAAUGGAAAGGCUUUUAAAUUUUGAAACAUUUCAUUUGUAAUGCAUGUUGUAUGUGAUAUGAGAAUGAGACCAUGUUCCAAAGAGUUAAAUGAGUUUAAAAGCUGGUUUCUUUUUGUUAGUGUUUUCC